AUGGAAGUCUUGGAGGAAGAGAGCAUAGCGCGAUCCAUCUCUUCUGGCUCUGAAGCUGAAUUUGAUGCUGUGGUUGGAUCAAUCGAGGACGUUAUCAUGGACGCUGAGUUCCAGGUACUGCAGAGAAAGUUCAUGGACAAAUACUACCAGGAGUUUGAAGACACGGAAGAGGAUAAACUCACCUACAUGCCCAUUUUUGAUGAAUACCUUUCUUUGGUGGAAAAGUAUAUUGAAGAACAGUUGCUGGAGCAGAUUCCUGCAGUCAACAUGGCGGCUUUCAUGACAACGUUGAAGCACCAUAAAGAUGAGGUGGCUGAUGACAUAUUCAACAUGCUUCUCAAGUUUACGGACUUUGUGGCACUUAAAGAGACGUUUCUGGACUACACAGCAGAAAAAGAAGGCCGAGGACUGGACUUAAGCAGUGCUUUAGUGGUGACUUCGUGGUGCAAAUCAUCUCCUGUGCCAGCUUCCCAGAACAGUCAGCCGCACUAG